UCACUAGUGAUUUGUAUUACAUAGUCUUUAACGAAGAUUCAGAAAAUGCAUCGUUGUUCAUGACUAUCAAUAAAGAAGAAAAUUGUUACGGAUUGAUUUUGCCUUAUGUCAAAAAACGUCUAUUGUGCGAGAUAUCUCAAUACGUUUAACUGUGAUAAAGACUGUGUCUUUGUUAACUAAAUGAUUGCUAUUCUUUAUUACUUGUUAUAAGUGUUGAUUUGUCUAUUCUGUUAUUUUGAUUUAUUAAUGACAUUUGAACUUUAAUAUACAAUCAAGAAUAAUGGGUGUUGGCCUCAAACCAUUAGAGUUUACGGAUUGCUUAACUGAUAGUCCCUACUUUCGAGAAAAUCUUCAUUAUCAUGAACGUGAAUUGGAGAACACCAGCCAACAGAUUAAACGACUCAUCAAAGAGGUCAAAGAUCUUUUACUAGCUGCCAAAAACUUAUCCAGAGCCCAGAGAGCAUUUUCUAAAACAUUACAGAAUUUUAGCUUUGAAUGCAUUGGGGAAACUCAAACCGAAGACGAAACUCACAUAUCACAAAGCCUUAAGGAAUUUGGUAAACUUAUUGCAUCAAUAGAGGAUGAAAGGGAUCGCAUGCUUGAACGUGCUUAUGAUCAAAUUAUACUUCCACUGGAAAAUUUUAGGAAAGAACACAUUGGGGGAGUUAAGGACGGAAAAAAGAAAUUUGAAAAACAAACUAUCAAAUUUUGUCAAAGUCAAGAGCGAUAUUUAAAUUUGUCUACAAAAAAACAGGACAAUGUUUUACAGGAGGCUGAUGCGACACUGGACAUGGCCGAAAGACACUUUUGUCAAGCUAGCUUAGAAUAUGUGUUCUUACUUCAAGAAGUGCAAGAACGAAAAAAAUUUGAAUUUGUUGAAACUUUAUUAGGUUUUAUGUUUGGUUGGUUAACUUUCUAUCAUCAAGGGCAUGAAGUUGCUAAAGAUUUUAAGCCCUACAUGACUGAGUUACAAUUAAAAAUACAGAAGACUAGAGAAAAUUUCCUUGCUACCCGGGAUAAAACAGAAUCUCUUAUGAAUAAAAUGAAGGAUAUGAAAAAGUCUGCUGUAGAAAGUGGAGUCAAUAAAUUGUACACCCGUGAAGGUUAUUUAUUUUUGAUGGAAAAAAAAGCAUUUGGUACAACAUGGACAAAGCAGUAUUGUACAUAUCAAAAGGACAAGAAAGAAUUUACAAUGAUACCAUAUAAUCAGCUUACUGGAAAAUUUAGUAGCAAAGAGGUUUUAACGUUAGCAUCUUGUAUACGUCGUAUGUCAGACACUAUUGAAAAACGGUUCUGUUUUGACAUCACAACCAUUGAUAAGCCUAAUGUAAUAUACACAUUCCAAGCACUUUCUGAAGAAGAUAGAAAGUUGUGGUUAGAUGCUAUGGAUGGUAAAGAAUCAAAUUAUGCUGCAGUGGGUUCAUCUACAAAAUCUGAAGAAAAUGUUUUAGAUGAAACAGGCUUCAUGUUUGUGUCAAAAUGUAUUGCAGCGCUUGAAGAAAGGGGCCUUGAAGAACAAGGUCUGUAUAGAGUUGUCGGUGUUGCUUCAAAAGUAAAUAAGCUAUUAACAAUGGGAUUAGAUAGAAGGAAACUUGAAAAACUUAAUCUCGAAAACCGCUUCGAAUGGGAAAGUAAAACUAUUACUAGUGCAUUGAAAACUUAUCUAAGGACAUUAUCCGAACCACUAAUGACUUUUCGAUACUAUAACAGUUUCAUUUCAGCUGCGAAACAAGACUUGAAAGAAGCGCGUAUAUGCGACAUUCAUAAUCUUGUUUAUCGGCUGCCAAAAGCAAAUUUCAAUAUGCUAGUUCUUCUUGUUAGACAUCUUUGUAGCGUGGCAAAAAAGAGUGAUAAAAAUCUAAUGACUGUUGGAAAUUUGGCUGUAUGUUUUGGUCCGUCUUUAUUAAGACCAGAAGAAGAAACUGUUGCAUCUAUAAUGGAUAUUAAGUUUUAUAAUAUCGUAGUUGAAAUUUUAAUUGAAAACUGUGAAAGAAUAAUUGCUGGUCCGCCACAAGAUACCAUGCGCUCAACACAAAACACUGUUUCUUCUAGGUCACAACGUGUAAGUACAGAAGACGGAUCAACGUCUUCUGGUAAUGGUACUUCUUUUGCGAGAUACCCCCCGGUACAUACUAUGUCUUCACCACAUGGACACCACACUACAAGAUUAUACUGUGAUGGUCCAUUAGCAGUUGUUACCAAAUCAUCUUCUAUCGAUGAUCGGAAAAAUGGAGACUAUGAAAAAACAGAACAUCCGAGUCAUAGAAUACAGCCAUAUUUGGAUAGUCUAAGUGGCUGUGUCAAACUAAUGAAUGCCAUGUACCAUUCUGCAGAUGAAGUAUUAACAAGUGGCAACACAAGUAGCUCGAGCGAAUCUGAUUUGCCGGCAAAGCAAAAACGUGGUUCAAUGAUGUCUGUACAUUAUCCAUCGGGUUAUCCUCAACGAAAUAAUCCACCAGUAUCUGUAAUUAAUACAUCGCCCAGUAGUGGACGUUCAAGUCCUGGACAAGUACCUGGUAUUUGGAGAGUUCGUACUUUAUAUGCCUGUGUAGCAGGAAACGACGGAGAAUUAUCAUUUGAACCAAAUCAGAUCAUCACAAACGUAAAGGCCUCUGUGGAACCUGGGUGGUUAGAAGGUACACUAAAUGGCAAGACAGGACUGGUCCCAAAGAAUUAUGUUGAACAAUUACCUUAAAUGUAAAACAGCCAAAGAGUGCCUAAAUUGUUUUUACAUUCCAUAAUUGUAGAUUUUUUUAGCACUGUUGCUUGUUAAAGCGUAUGUUCAUAUUGGUGGCAUAUGCGAAACGCAAUAUUUUCUAUUUAAAUUCCUUUGGGUACAAUUUACAUAGUCAAUUAUAUAUACAUUCGUAUAUACAUCUUUUAUUUAUUAGGAGCCUCUUUGCUCAAAGACGUCUAUAUUGUAUAUAAUCUAUUGUAGAAAAAUUUAUAUAUACUUACAUAAAAAAGUAUAUAGCGCUAAUAUAUUACAUGAUAUUUAAAUACAUUUGUACUGAAAGAUAUUGCUCUAAUAUGCAGCUCGAAUAUAUAUAGGAGAUCUCAUAGGCAAUAAUAUUUGUUUAUACUGCGAUAGUCUUUAUGCGUACAGGUGCGCGCGUGUACACACACAUAUACGAUAUAAUAUCAGAAUGUGAUAUAAAAUAAAUAAAUACCAAAUAUAAUCAGAA